UGACCCUUGCAUUCUUCUUUCGUCGGCAACGUUGCGCAGAGCACGGCUCCAGAUUUGUUAAACGCGAAUUUACCCCACAAAAACGCAUUUAAAAUGGCUUUCGGUGAUGUGAAGACCCCGCAGGGACUGAAGGAGUUGAACAACUUCCUGGCCGACAACAGCUACAUCAGCGGAUACACUCCCAGCAAGGCCGAUCUGUCCGUGUUCGAGGCUCUGGGCAAGGCCCCCUCUGCCGACAAUGUGAAUGUGGCCCGUUGGUACCGUCACAUCGCCUCUUUCGAGGCUGCGGAGCGCGCCGCCUGGACCGGUGCUCCCUUGCCCCAGUUGGCCGGUGGAAAGCCCACAGUGGCUGCUCCGGCCAAGCCCGCCGACGACGACGACGAUGUGGAUCUAUUUGGAUCCGAUGAGGAGGAGGACGCCGAGGCCGAGCGCAUCAAGCAGGAGCGCGUUGCCGCCUAUGCCGCCAAGAAGUCCAAGAAGCCCGCCCUCAUCGCCAAGUCGUCUGUGCUCCUCGAUGUCAAGCCCUGGGACGACGAGACCGACAUGAAGGAGAUGGAGAACAACGUCCGCACCAUCGAGAUGGACGGUCUGCUGUGGGGCGCCUCAAAGCUGGUCCCCGUGGGCUAUGGCAUCAACAAGCUGCAGAUCAUGUGCGUCAUCGAGGACGACAAGGUCUCCAUCGACCUGCUGCAGGAGAAGAUCGAGGAGUUCGAGGACUUCGUCCAGUCCGUCGACAUUGCUGCCUUCAACAAGAUCUAAGCAUCUGAGAUUUUUAUAUUUUGAAUAAACUUGAGCAAAGCGAUUUAAGAAGAGAA